AUGGCAGGAGCUCUGGACGCAGUACUGGCUAGAGUCAAGGAUGUGUGCAAGAGGAACGGUCUGCUUAUUCUCUCGGUGCUUUCUGUUAUUGUGGGAUGUCUCUUAGGAUUCUUCCUCAGGACAAGACGUCUCACCGAGCAGGAGAUUAGUUACUUUCAGUUUCCUGGAGAACUGCUUAUGCGGAUGCUGAAGAUGCUCAUCCUGCCCCUUGUGGUGUCCAGCUUGAUGUCUGGCUUGGCUGCUCUCGAUGCUAAGACGUCCAGUCGUUUGGGUAUUUUCACCAUUGCCUACUACUUAUGGACCACCUUUGUGGCGGUGAUUGUGGGAAUCAUCAUGGUAUCCAUCAUCCACCCUGGGGGUGCAGCCCAGAAGGAGAACACAGAACAUAGUGGGAAGCCGGUUAUGAGCUCAGCGGACGCUCUGCUGGACCUGAUCCGGAACAUGUUUCCUGCAAAUCUGGUCGAAGCAACUUUUAAGCAGUAUCGCACCAAGAAUAUACCAAUGGUGAAAGGUGGGAAGACGACUUCAUCAGAAAGUAUAACUCACAGAAUCCUGAUCUAUGGGAUCCAGGAUGAAAAUGGAUCACAUAUACAGAACUUUGCUCUUGAUAUCACCCCUUCCCCAGAUGUAGUCUACAAGUCAGAGCCCGGAACCAGCGAGGGGAUGAAUGUACUCGGAAUUGUCAUAUUUUCUGCCACCAUGGGUAUAAUGCUGGGUCGCAUGGGAACAAGCGGAGUACCUCUUGUUAGUUUCUGCCAGUGCCUGAAUGAGUGUGUCAUGAAAAUUGUAGCCAUUGCCGUGUGGUACUUUCCGUUUGGGAUUGUCUUCCUUAUUGCAGGCAAGAUCCUGGAGAUGGAUGACCCCACAGCAAUUGGGAAGAAGCUUGGAUAUUAUGCCAUCACUGUAGUUUGUGGACUGGUGGUGCACGGCCUUUUUAUUCUUCCCAUCAUGUAUCUGUUAAUCACAAAGAAGAACCCCAUUGUCUUCAUCCGAGGAGUACUACAGGCUCUGCUCAUAGCCCUGGCCACAUCCUCCAGUUCUGCCACGCUGCCUAUAACAUUCAAGUGUCUUCUGGAAAACAACCACAUAGACAGACGUAUCGCGAGGUUUGUGCUGCCGGUUGGAGCCACCAUCAAUAUGGAUGGGACUGCCUUGUACGAAGCAGUAGCUGCCAUCUUUAUUGCACAAGUGAACAACUACGAGCUUGAUUUUGGCCAGAUCAUUACCAUCAGCAUUACAGCAACAGCAGCCAGCAUUGGGGCAGCAGGGAUUCCCCAAGCAGGCCUGGUUACCAUGGUGAUCGUGCUGACCUCUGUCGGCUUGCCGACUGACGAUAUUACCCUGAUCAUAGCAGUAGACUGGGCACUAGACCGUUUCCGGACCAUGAUUAAUGUGCUGGGAGAUGCAUUGGCCGCCGGGAUCAUGGCUCAUAUCUGCAGGAAAGACUUUGCCAAGCAGAGUGAGGAGCAAGUGCCUCUCAUAUGUGAGACCAAGCCUAUAAGUAUCCACCAGAUCAUGGCAUACCAACGGAACGGAUGCGUGAAAAGCCGCAGCGCCCCUCACCUUUCUCACACGGAACAUGAGUUUCACCAAGUUCAAGUGGAUCCUGAGCCUGAAGCUCCUGAACCUUCCGAAAAAUGCACAGAAAAAGAUCACUGUACGAUAGAGAUCAGCGAACUUGAGACGAAUGUGUAACCACAGGUUAUGGUCUCCUCUAGAGACAGAGCAGGUCCUACAUCAACUUAUACCUGGAGGUGGGAUGCGAAUGAUGUCCAUCACAUCACCUACACCAGAAAAAGGAGGCACAUCAGUCAAACAAAGCAGAAUACCUGGUUCUUUAUCCGAAGGACUAUGCUAUAAACUCACUGCCAACUUGGAAUGAUCUCACAGUUAGAAGCGUGCAGAUGCUGGAGACGUCAGGUUUCCAUUGUGUACAAUACCAUCCAGUUGCCACCAUAGUUAACACCAGAUAAUCCUCAGUGCAGAUAUAUGAAGGAGAUAAGGAUGUUUACAUGACUAACCUCAUUUGGUAAAAGAAAUUUUAUAAAAUGUGAUAUAUUUGUGUGUAGAGUAGAAACAAAAUGGUGCCUACAAUCCUCCUCUUGAAAUAACACUUCACUGUGCGGUGUCUUGUAUGUUUUAGGGCCAUUUAUCUAUUUUAAUAUGAAUUCUAUGGGAUCAAAGUUGUAAUGUGAUGAUCAAGUGGAGGCAACCAGAGAUCUUAGGUGAAGACCAUAUGUACAAUGGCCUUUAUUAAAAAUAUUGAGCUGUUCUGUCACAAAGGCUUAACUGUUUUUCUGUUUUUAACUGGUACCUUCACCUUAUGCCGGUCAUCUAAUAACCCUUAUCUCUAAACUACUAAGAGGUCAUAGACACUUAUAUAAGCCACAUUGUUAUCAGACAGAUAAGAACUGAACUAUAAUGAGUUUUUAUAAUGUCAGAGA